AUGUUUCGUCAAAUUCGGGUACAUCCGGAAGAUUGGCCACUCCAACAAAUACUCUGGACCGACUCAAACGGAGAUAUCGCCACCUAUCAACUCACCACGGUCACAUAUGGCACUAGGUCAGCUCCGUUCCUCUCAAUGCGUGUUCUUCAUCAGCUCGUUGAGGAUGAAGGAUCGAACUAUCCUCUCGCUGUGGAACCGCUCAUGAAAGGACGAUAUGUUGACGAUAUCUGCGGGGGUGCUGACUCAGAUGAAGAGCUACUCAGGACCGCUCAUCAGGUGACACAGCUCUGUCGGUCAGGAGGCUUUCCGCUAGCCAAAUGGCACUCAAAUAGCCCAGCUCUACUCACAUCUCUUCAACCUGACAGCACCUCUCAAGAACAACGAUUCAUAGAGGACUCGCUCACCAAGAUUCUAGGGGUUUCUUGGCAUCCUGGAACGGACAACUUCAAGUUCUCCGUCACUCAGCCUGAGACCAGCUCAAUAACGAAGAGAAUCAUUUUAUCGGAAACGGCUCAACUCUUCGAUCCACUGGGUUUCCUAGCGCCAGUGGUCAUACGAGCGAAGAUAUUGCUCCAGGCUCUAUGGAUCGAGAAACUGGGAUGGGACGAACCAGUUUCCCAGACAACUGCUCAACGAUGGAGCCAAUUCAGGGAGGAGCUCACACAGUUAUCAGAGAUCACCAUACCUCGGUGGCUUGGACUGUUCACGGAUUCCGUCGCACCGCUCAAACGGCUGACAAUCCCACGACUAGAACUCACUGCGGCUCUCCUCGCCAAACUGACUAAGUACGUCAAGGACCAACUCAAUCUCACGAACGCCACCACCUAUCUCUGGACCGACUCAUCGGUCACGCUCACGUGGAUCAGCUCACACUCCUCAAGAUGGAAGGAGUUCGUGAAAAAUCGGGUGGCACUCAUCCAGGAGCUCACUCAGCAGGCUCAUUGGAGAUUGGUACCGGGCAAGGAGAAUCCUGCAGACUGUGCAUCUCGAGGUCUAUCAGCGCACCAACUGGUAUCUCAUAAGCUCUGGUGGAAAGGGCCACCAUGGCUUCAUCAAGACUGCUCAUCAUGGCCAACUCACGCUCUGGAAAAAGACCUCAGCGCAGACCUCGAGGAAAAGCCAGGAGUUCUCCUACAUGUAAAAGCUCAUCCAAUCGCGCUCUGGAAUCUCGUCGACAGAUUCUCAUCGUUCAACCGACUGCUCAGGGUCACAGCAAUCUGUCGACGAUUCAUAGCUCGGCUCAGGAAAACCCCCAACUCUUCUCUUCGAUACCCGCUCACUCUUGGUGAUCUUGAAGAGGCUCGCAUCCUCUGGAUCAAACUCACGCAGGCAGCUCACUUCAAGGAUCAACUCAGAGCGAUCUCACGAGGGGAAAGGUUCAGCAAAUCCCACCCCCUCACCAAGCUCACACCCUUCAUCGAUCGCCAAGGGGUAUUGAGGAUAGGAGGACGGCUCAAGUUUGCUCACAUAGGCCCGGAGAGCCGGAACCAAGUGAUUAUUCCGAAGGAAUCUCAACUGGCUCAGCUACUCAUCGGACAGGCUCAUCUAAGGACACUCCACGGAGGCACACAGCUCACCCUCAGGCAGCUCAGAAGUAGCUACUGGAUACUCGGAGGUCGAGCACCAGUACGCUCCUUCAUCCUCAAGUGCGUUAACUGCACUCGCCAACGUGGAGUACGCGCUCAACAGCUCAUGGGCCAGUUGCCACCAGCCAGACUCACUCCCGCUCGAGCCUUUCUCAACACUGGGAUCGACUAUGCCGGCCCAGUGUCUCUACGGUCCUGGAAAGGGCGGGGACACAAGUCGUACAAAGGCUGGUUGGCUAUCUUUGUCUGCAUGACCACCUCAGCGGUCCAUCUCGAGGUCGUGUCAGACUACUCAGCCGAGGGGUUCAUCGCGGCGUAUAGACGCUUUUCAAGUCGGCGUGGGAUCGCUCAUUCCUUGUUCAGUGACUGUGGGACCAAUUUCCUUGGCGCUGACAAGGAACUAAAGAAGCUCUUCUCGUCAGGAUCAGCUCAAUCAAGACAGCUCGCACAGCUCCUCAUCAAUGAUGGGACUCAGUGGUCCUUCAAUCCUCCAG